AUGAACGACGUCUUGGUCCCUGCGCGCUUUGUCCUUACGAUGGGCCACCUCAUGCUCACGGGCAUGGCAUGGCGAAGUCGGGCGCGCAACGUCUUUGCCGCGUUGCCGCCGCUGGCCAACGUGACAACGUCCCACUUGGCGUCGCUGGCCACAGCCUCGGUCGAGACGGCGUGGGUCUUUGCAUUGCUGGGGUUUGCCGUGAGCCUCGGCGGCCUCGUGCAAGGCGCGUCGGGCUGCAGCUCCAUCGCCAAUGCGACGCAGAUCGUCGCGCAGUUUGUCGGGAGUCUCAUGCUGUCGCGAUUCCUCCGUGACGAGCUCCACUACGUCUACCUCUGGUACAUGGUUGCUGUCGUGCACGUGCCGGGCCUCGUGCUCGAGGUCGGCUGCUCAUACUGGCGCAAGCGGUAG